AUGCCCGUGGACACGGACUCAUGCAAGUCCAUGUUUUACAAGAUUGCAGGGUUUCCAAACGUAUUGGGAUGUGUUGAUGGCACGUUCAUAAGGAUCAUUGCCCCAAAUAAAGCUGAAAGUGACUAUGUGAACAGAAAGGGAUUUCAUUCACUCAAUGUUCAGAUGAUCUGUGAUGCACAGUUUAGAGUUACCAACUGUGUGGCUAAAUGGCCUGGAAGUGUGCAUGACAGUAGAAUUUUCCGGGACAGUCAAAUCAGUGUGGCAUUCGAAAAUGGUACUUACAAGGGUUUACUUCUGGGAGACUCUGGCUACCCAUGCAAGUCCUACCUAAUGACACCGUAUCUAUCUCCAGCAAACAGGGCUCAAGAAAAAUUCAAGUCAACGAAAACCAGAGUUCUUAUUGAGCAAACAUUUGGAAUCCUUAAGCGCAGAUUUUCUUGUCUGCACAGUGGUUUGCGCAUGUCACCCAAGAGUGCAUGUAACGUAAUUGUUACAAGUGUAAUAUUACAUAAUAUCGGCAUUGACCGCCAAGAUGUAAUUAAUGUUGAUUACGAUGAUUGUAAUGAUGAUAAAUUCACUCUCCAAGUUGCUGAUGAUCUGAGUGGAACAAAUGUUAGAAAUUAUCUUUGUCAGUCAUACUUCACCUGAAUAUUGUACAAAUUAUCUUCAA